GUGGUGACGAAUGAUGUUACACAAGACGCUCCCGUUCAUCGGAUUUGCUAGCAGGUCACAGUGUCACCCUUUUAUAUUUAAUAUUUUCAAACUGAAGUGGAAUAGUCCCUUCCUUUUUACACACUAGCCGCUUCACCAAAGUUGAAAAUUUUCAGAAACCAAAACCUCUCCCUCCUUUUCUUUUUUCCUUCUUCGCCACUCUCUCCAUUCCUCCGAUGAUUUCCGAACCGGCGAGUUCCCUGAGAAAGAGCAACUUCCAAGACCGGCGCCUCAGCAUCAUCGACGUUUCCUCCGCCGACGAUUCGCUUCUCGAUGGAAACCCUCUCAGCCACCAACGUUCAGAGAACCAAGAGCAGGCCGAUGUGUUGUACACGCCGAACUCGAAGAAGUUCGAAGACGCCGCCACCAAACUCCAACAAUGGGACCACGAGCCUCACUCCAACGACUCAUCCGGAAUCGGAAAACCUAAGAAAAACAGCAAAUGCAAUCUGCGCAAGAGUUUAGCCUGGGACAGUGCCUUUUUCACCAGCGCCGGGGUUUUGGAUCCGGAGGAGUUGACUAUUAUAAUUGAAGGUGUUGAGAAGGAUGAGAAGCCUGAAUUACCGUCUAUUCAAGAGGAUGUGUACAAGUCGUGUGAGUCCAUUUCUACGUUAGCGAGUGAUAGCUUGACCUUUGAAAGUGUGGAGAUGGAGGGUGAUUUAUUUGAGGAUGUAAGAGCUUCAAUUCAGAAAUCUAGCAAAAAGUCCAGCCCUGCAGCGUCAAACAUCAAAGUGCCAUCUUCCCCUUCGGUUCCAUUGUUCCAAACUCAUGACUCUUCGAAAAAGGUUGGCAUGGUUUCUUGCAAUAAGAUGAAGGUCCCACCUGCUUCUAAGAAUCCAAGUGCUGGCAUGCAAGGAUUUGGGAAAAUGACGAAGAAGAAUAAUCCUAUUUUCCCCCAAAUUCCACAGAAGCAUGUGGCUACAAGGAGAGAGUCAUCUAUUUUAAUGCAAUCAAAGGUACCCGGAAGGUCUAGUUUAAGUUCCACAAUUCCAUCCAAGAGAGAUUCACUUGGCAAUCCACAUGUCAAAAGUGAAAGGGACAAGGCAAAACGAAUAGUUGGUGAUAGAGUCAGUUCAGUGGCAAAAGCAUCUGUUGUUAGAGGUUCUCGAGGUUCUGUGCCUAAGCCCACACUACCAUCCAAAUCACCUUCUGGUCCGACAGUAUCAACCAGGACUAAAUCAGUGACUUCCACAUCUUCUGGUAACAAUUUAUCUGACAAUAUUGGUAAAUCUUCUUUUAGUUACUUAAAAAGAAGUUAUAAGCCAACCUCAUGUUGCCCAGUUGUCAAAACACCUUCAAGGGUUGCUUCAAGAAAUAAAGCUGAACCUGAGAUUUCUAGUCUUUCAAGGUUGAUGUCUGCCACAAAGCUUUCUUCUAGUAUUUCGCCCGCUAGCUCUAUCAGUGACUGGUCUUCAUCAGAGUCAUCCUCAACAACUUCUAUGGCUAAACGUGUGUGUAAUAGUUCAAGGCCCAGCAUUGAUUGUGGGUCAAGCAGAAAGGUUUUAUUGAACACUGAUGCAGAUCAAGGUACACACCCUCAGACUCCUCUGAGUGAUUCAAGCUUAGAAAGGCAAGAGGCUCGGCAAAGUGGGAUUAUUAGUCAGAAGGAAAGGACAGUGCCUGGAGCGACAGUUCUUCCUCCAGUUUCCAAGAAACCUUCAGGCCUUCGACUGCCUUCACCAAAGAUUGGUUAUUUUGAUGGGGUGAAGCCCUUAGUGCGCACUCCACGUGGGUCUGUUGUACCUGGUGGCUUGCCAAAACAUGGAGCUGAAAGUCCAAGAGAAGGCCAAAACAAAGCAGAACUUGGAAAGCUGCAACCAUCCAGAUCUUUUGUUUCAAUUGAUAAUACAAAACCCAACAACCAGCAACCUCCACAUCCAAAUCCUUUUCAUGAAUCAUUAGAUGUUGCAAUUAAGACAUCUAAUAGCGUGCAGAAUGGCAAAAGCUCUUCCGACAUAUCCAUUGGUGCUGUUGAAAAUACAUCACACUUCCAUGUAGUGGAGAAAGCUCAUCAUGAUUUGCCACCACUUAAGGGUGUCAAUAACCAGGAAAAUGCUCAUCAUGAUGAUCAAAUUGAUUGUUUGAGCAAACAAGUUGGACAUAUGGACAUAAAUUUUGAGAUAGGGGAAAAGUUUAAUAGUGAUUCCCUUUAUUUAUUGCAGAAUGAUAUCAGCUUCCAAGAUAAAUCCAAUGGUCUGGAUUUAUCUAGUCACAAAGAGCUUAUUGAUUGUCCUAAGAAAGACGAAUUAUUUAAUGGUUUAUCUACUACAUACCUUUAUGUCUCCCCAACCAGCUUUGAUGUGGUAGCUUCAACAAGGAGACCCUUUGCGGUCAAAGAUUCCUUUUGUAACAUGGAUGGUGUUGUCUUUACAGAUUCAACAGUUUCAGAGGCUAAAUCGACCAACUUGCCUGUGCCGGAGAGCAUUAUUAUGAAAGAAAACGAGUGAGAUUGUGUAAUUAAGUUGAACUAUAUGUUUGUUGAGUUUGCUGCUUUGUGCAAAACUGUCCAAGUCAUGAAUGGAUAGUCUUUAUCAUUUUUGAAAUACUUGUUAUACUAUUUAUACUUUAAUUUGAUGGGUCUUCUAGAUGUAUUACCCAUGGAUUCGUUGCUGUGAAUUCGUCUUCGAUGUUUUGAACGAGAAGAACCUCGUGGUGUCGUGUAUCCUUUUGGAUUUCAUGUUCUGUUUCCCAUCGGGAAUUUAAAUGCCUGAGAUGCAUUCGUUUGCAUUUUCAUUAAACAUUGUUA